AAGAAGGAAGCGCACAGCGAGGAGCGCAGCGGCAGCUCGUCCACUGAGGUCCACGUUAUUACACCCACACAACAACAACAACAACAACCGAAACCCCCCAAAACAAAAUUACCCGACGCUGACCCUUCCCCCCCUAGGCCCCCUUCCCCUAACCCCCCCCCCCCCCCUCUCUUCCCGAACACCUCUCCGAACGCGCGCGCCGGAGCGGACACCUUUUCGCCAGGUGGAGCGGAGACGCAGCGGACCCACGGCCGGAGAAUGGCGGACUCGGACGCGGCGGCGGCGGCGGCGGGCAACGGCAGCGACGGGGACGACGGACCCAGCGAGCCCAUGCGGGGCUUCGCGCGCCAGGGGGCCCUGCGCCAGAAGAACGUGCACGAGGUGAAGGACCACAAAUUCAUCGCGCGCUUCUUCAAGCAGCCCACCUUCUGCAGCCACUGCACCGACUUCAUCUGGGGUUUUGGCAAGCAGGGAUUCCAGUGUCAAGUGUGUUGCUUCGUGGUCCACAAACGUUGCCAUGAGUUCGUCACCUUCUCCUGUCCCGGUGCCGAUAAAGGACCCGCAUCAGAUGACCCGAGGGCAAAGCACAAGUUCAAGAUCCACACCUACUCCAGCCCAACCUUCUGCGACCACUGUGGCUCUCUGCUGUACGGCCUCUUGCACCAGGGCAUGAGAUGUGACCACUGUAUGAUGAACAUCCACAAGCGCUGCGUGGCCAACGUGCCCAGCCUGUGCGGGACGGACCACACCGAGAGGAGAGGUCGCCUCCAGAUCACCGCCGAGGUCAAGACUAAUGUCCUCACUGUUACCAUCAAAAAGGGGAGGAAUUUGGUUUCCAUGGACCCCAACGGUCUGUCGGACCCCUACGUGAAGCUGAAGCUGAUCCCGGAUCCCCGCAGCGAGAGCAAACAGAAGACCAAGACCAUAAAGGCCUGCCUCAACCCCACCUGGAACGAGACCUUUAAAUUCCACCUGAAGGAGCACGACAAGGACCGCCGCCUGUCGGUGGAGGUGUGGGACUGGGACCUGACCAGCCGCAACGACUUCAUGGGGUCGCUGUCCUUCGGCAUCUCGGAGCUCCACAAGCUAGGAGUGGACGGAUGGUUCAAGCUGCUCUCCCAGGAAGAAGGCGAGUACUUCAACGUCCCCGUCGCUCCGGAGGGGGAGGAGGGCAACGAGGAGCUCCGGGAGAAAUUUGAGAGAGCCAAGAUCGGACCGGGCAAGAACACGGAGGGCAAGUCGGCCAACGCCGCGUCCAGGUUCGACUCCGACGGCAACCAAGACCGCAUGAAGCUGGCCGACUUCAACUUCCUGAUGGUGCUGGGCAAAGGCAGCUUCGCCAAGGUGAUGCUGGCAGAGCGCAAAGCGACCGAGGAGCUGUACGCCAUAAAGAUCCUGAAGAAGGACGUCGUGAUCCAGGACGACGACGUGGAGUGCACCAUGGUGGAGAAGAGGGUGCUGGCGUUGGCCGGAAAGCCGCCGUUCUUGACACAGCUGCACUCCACCUUCCAGAGCAUGGACCGCUUGUAUUUCGUCAUGGAGUACAUCAACGGAGGAGAUCUCAUGUAUCAGAUCCAGCAGGUCGGCAAGUUCAAGGAGCCGCACGCCGUGUUCUAUUCAGCGGAGAUCGCCAUCGGUCUGUUCUUCCUGCAUCUAAAGGGCAUCAUCUACAGAGACCUGAAGCUGGACAACGUGAUGCUGGACUGCGAGGGCCACAUCAAGAUCGCGGACUUUGGCAUGUGUAAAGAGAACAUGAGCGACGGGGUCACUACCAAGACCUUCUGUGGGACCCCGGACUACAUCGCUCCUGAGAUCAUCGCCUACCAGCCUUAUGGGAAAUCUGUGGACUGGUGGGCCUUCGGAGUGCUGCUCUAUGAGAUGCUGGCUGGACAGCCUCCAUUUGACGGUGAAGAUGAGGAUGAGUUAUUUCAGUCCAUUAUGGAGCAUCACGUCUCCUAUCCCAAGUCACUGUCCAAGGAGGCGGUAGCGAUCUGUAAAGGGCUGAUGACGAAGCAUCCAGCCAAGCGGCUCGGCUGCGCCCCGGAGGGCGAGCGGGACAUCAGGGAGCACAGCUUCUUCCGCUACAUGGACUGGGAGAAGCUGGAGAACAAGGAAGUGCAGCCGCCGUUCAAACCCAAAGCUAAGAACCGCCGGGACACCUGUAACUUUGACAAGGAGUUCACCAAGAUGCCGGUGGACUUGACGCCGACUGACAAGCUGGUCAUUAUGAACAUGGACGAGGACGACUUCCUCGGCUUCACCUACACCAACCCCGAAUACGUGGCUCCUGGGAAUUAACCCGGCCGAUGGACUGUUGGACCAUUAGUCUUUAAGAGCAGAUAAGAAGGCAAACUAGCGCUAAAAGUCCACUUGUUGUGUCUCACGUCGAGCGGGUGUCUGCAGUCCUUGUGGAGCGAUACCUCAGCACAAGAAAGCUAUCACAACACACAGCGAGCAAAGUAGAGCAAAGCCCACCGGGCACCAGAGGUCUGCAGGUAUCGUAUCAAUCGUGGCAAAGAUGACCAAAUGGGCUUUUUGUACAGGACCAAAUAUAAUCUAGAUUUGUGGGAAAUUCUCAAUUCUGAAUGACUAUAAUUGACCAUCUCAAUACGCAAUGAUUUGAAACCGCGGAGGCAGCUUGUGCUCACGCACGCUCCCUUAUCUUCAUCUUACGCCACAGUUUUAUUAAUUAUACAAUUUGGCGUGCCGCUGUGUUUAUGCAGUGAGCUCAAAUCCCACAGCCGACCUCACCUCGCUUGUUCAAAGUGUUGUGAUGUGUUCUCUUGUGUCCCGCGGGUUUUAACUCCGUCCGCGCGGCAUCUCAACAUCUCAAACCCCGCCAUGUAAUGAGAGUAAUUAAUCACCCAAUGUGACGUGACAUGUUGAACAAAUCCGAGCGGAUGGCAGCGGCGGCGUCAGUGUGUCAUUUGUCUGGUGCAGUUAAAACGGCUGCCGUUCACCAGGAGGAGCGUGUGGAACAGACACGUUCUAUUCCUACUGUUCAGUCAUAACUCUACGUUCCUUUUUUGUCUUAGCGUGUACAUUCUAGUUGCUCCCCUCAUAGAACUGUGCAGGAGAUAGACUUCCUGCAGCAGACAGAUGCCCCCCCCUCCCCCCCCCGUGUUUAACUGGAGGCCCUUUAACGUGCACCACGAGCAGCGCCGCGAACCCUCCUGUGCAUUGACCUUUGCCCGCCCGUCCCGAGCGGCCCGUGAGUUGCGCUGCGACGACGCGCACUCCGGCUGUCUCGCCCCAACGAGCAAACUUCACCGCCCCGUCGACUCUUUUCGUCUUUUUCCUCCCGUUCCCCCCCCCCCCCCGCGCGCGUCCGUGCCUCUCCUCCUCCUCGUGACGGGGCCUCGCUGGGAGCCCGGUGUGACGUGGGGGUCACGGGGGUCAGCGUUGCGGCAGACGUCCGGUCCGGCGAAUGAGAAGCGGCUCCGACGGCCCCCGAGAGGGCGAUUUCACACACAGCAAUAAUGACUGCUUUUCUCAAUUAUUUAUGUUGCACUCACUUCUCCUCAACCAUCCGGGUGCGUUUGUGCGUUUGUGCGGUUUUUGUGUGCAUGUUCUGACAAAUGUCCAAUGCUGGAAGAUGUGUGUGUGUGUGUGUGUGUGUUUAUGUGGUUAAUAAGGCUUCAUUGGAUAAUGCCAAUUAUUUCAAAUUCAGCUCAAAUUCAACAAAUCUGCCUUCCAGCUUCAAACCGCAUUACAUUGGCUGUAAUGCCAUCGAGCUCUGUGCACUGACCACACACACACGCACGCACGCACACAUGCACACACACACGUCUACACAGUCCGAUCCGUGACUGAGGGUUGGAAUUAUUAGGUGAAGCGUAACAAGGCGGACAAUGACUGUGAAAUGUUCGCUCCUGGAGGCACACGAGACACAUACUGUAGGUCCAUUACACAGGCCUGGAACCCCCCCCCCUCCCUUUAAUUAGCAGUAUCCUUGUGUGUAUUAUAUACAGUAUUAUAUAUACAUGUGUUGUACAUAUAAACAUGCAGGAUCCUCCAUGACACGCCGGAGCAGUCUAGAUCUUUGUUCUUUGGUUUGGAUGUUGCGUAACGUUGAAUUUGUGUUGCCGUCAUUUCUCAAGCGUAGAGCUGCGUGUCGCUCAGGUCAGUGGUGUAAAUAUCUCUUAACGUUAAUCACGCCUACUCUUAACAUCUGCUGUAGGAGUCGUAGACCCUGAAGCAUUCAAUAGCACUAGACCGCUUUGUCACCUGUGAGUGUGUGUGUGUGUGUGUGUGUGUGAGGGAAUAAAGGAACGUGUAACUUUGCAUGCAUGUUAUUCAGACGUUUUAAGCACAGUGCAGUUUAAUAUAAGUCUUUAAGUCAUGUAAUAUAUCUGCCUUUGCUCUGGUAAAGACGGGCGCUGUGAGAGCUCACAGGAAAUGAGUCUCUGCUGCAUCAAACCUUUUCCCCAAAUAUCCCACACAAGAACUAUUAGAAAAUAUACUAUGCAUGCAUGUGAUGAUCACCCCCUUUCUCUUUCAUUUCUUGCUCUAUAUGAUGUGGAUCUAUCUUAUAUUAAGUGUUGAUUGAUGGACCGGUGUGUGAUUAUUACUUUAUUAGGCAUUAAUAGGUAUAUGUUUACUUAAUUUAUGAUAAAAUGUCACGACAUUGUAACCUGUUUAUGUAAUAUGAUACAAGAGCCGUGUCCUGCUUCAUUUGUACAUAUAUAAAUAUUUUUCAGAUGUUUAGGGGUAAUUCCAUAAUAACAUCUUCACACAGAGCGGUUUGUGUGCCCCAUGAUCUCUAUAUCUAUCCAAUCAACCUGUGUAUCUCUGUAUCUCUGAUAUAGAUAGAUAUACCUGUUCCUGCAAUGGAACACAGACAAACAUUACAGCAUUUAACAUAAAACCAGCCGCUCCUUAUCGAGAUUCUGCAGGGUGGAUCGGUAACGGCCUGAAUGUUUCCAACUUGUCUUCCUUCCUUCACUCCUUUCUUUCUUCCCGACCUUUUCUGUGAUCGCGCUUCCCCCCCCCCUCCUCCUCCAUCCCUCCCACUCAGCUUCCUCAUUGUCUUUCCCUUGCCUCAUUUUCUUUCUCUUGACCUUUCCCCCUCUCCAGCGUCUCCGCCGCUCUCUUCUCUCUCCUCUUGCAGACGCAUUUCCCACUUGUUUUUAUUCUUCCUCUUCCACUCGUCUCUAAUACGUUCUUUGUCGUUCACCUCUCAUUACCGCAGACUUGUCCUUUAUAUUUCUCCUCUUUUCUCUUGACAUUGAUACUAUUUAAAUCUCCUCUUAAAAUCAUUUCUGCUUUGAUUUCAGCCGGACUUACGAACUAAGGAACAAAUAGUUAAACAAUGACCUGAAUAUAAUUCAUACGUUCUGCGAACAGCAAAGAUUGUGCAAAAGAAGAGUAAGAAUGUGUUUUUGUCAGACGGUUUACUAAUAAGAAAAUUUGUAUUGUGAUGUGUUCAAUUGUAGACUAAUAAAUCACGUUGAAAGAUC